AUGUCUCGUCUAGCAGUCACCGAGCCACACCCAAGCGCAUCCAAGGCCGGCUACUUCUCAUCAGGAGUCGGCGGCGCAGGCAACUUCAGACGCUACAAGCCAGAAGAAGUCUCCAAGGGACCUGACGCCACUGGCCCAGCAUCCCGUGUACCUCUCUCCAAGCCCACCAAGCGAGUCGUCAUGGGCGGUCGCGGCGGCGCCGGAAACUACGUCUCCAGCCGGCACGAAGAGUCCAUCUUCCAAUUCGACGAGGAGAUGGUCAACAACCGCGAUGUCUCCGCGCCCGUCUACAAGAUCGGCCGUGGUGGCCAGGGCAACAUCUUCGCAUCGCAGAAGCCCGCAUCAUCGCGCAAGGACAGCUCCGAUUCCAGCGGAUCCGAGUCUGAUCGUCUGAGCCUCUCUGCUCUCCGUCGACACAGCGGGGGCGUCUUCAGCAUGUUCGGCCGACGAUCUUCAUAG